AUGACGGAUGUCUUUGCCCGAGGCAUACGCGAUGUCUCAAAGCACAUAAUCCUUGCAUCUCCGCCGACUCGUGUCGUACAACGCCUUCCGGCUGCCUACAACCAGAGCUUCAGAUAUCAUACACCAAGGCGGAUAUCAAUUUCGGCCGGCGUCUCCGUCUCUGAUCAUGGCCCUGCAUUCCAGCUGCAUGAGCCAGUCCUGCGUGAGAAAGGUCGGCAGAAUAAAGUCAAAAACGCAAUAAAUGCGCACCUGAAAACUACGACGUUUGCACCGGUGCCGCACCGCCAUGCUGCCAGCUAUGACCGGAUAAGAAACCAUGGAACUUUUGCUCCGGCGACUGUCGCAGAUGGACCUCAUAAACAACUACACAUACAAAAAUACCCUCAGUCCCUCUGCAGAAACUUCCACUCCACGGCUAGGCAGGCAAAGGAAACGGAAGUGGAUCGGAGAGCUGGCAACGUCCAAGAUGCAAAAGAACAUAAAGCCAGGCAAGAAAUCUCUCAAGAAAAUGUCUCAAAGCAGACAUCAGAACAACAACAGCAUUCGCAACAAGAGCACUUUUAUGACAGGAUACACAUGCCGCAGUUUCAUCGCCCAUCAAAAGAAGAACUUCUUGCUGCAGCCACCGGAUUCUGGGCCAGGUUGAAGGUGCGCUUCAAGUGGCUGACGAUCAAAAGCACACGACCAUUCAAUGUGGAUGAGAUAGUAGGCUUCAUCUCAUGGAUUGCGCUAGGUCACGUUAUCUGGAUCGUUAUCGGGACGACAACGUUUGUCUCGCUUGCGAUUCUUGCCAUCAACACGGUGUUCGCCCAAGAGACUUUGGCUGGCUGGAUCGGAAAUUAUCUGACCAAGUCCUCUGGGCUGCAUGUCGUCUUCGAGUCGGCAAUUGUGCCGAAAUGGCGUGACGGAGUCAUCACCUUCAAAAAUGUCUUCGUUUCCAGAAGGCCUGGGAAGAAUCACUCCAGAAUGACCAAGGGAUCGCCUGAGGCAGCUGCUCAAGCCUCCUCUAAGGAAGACCCAGUGCCACCCGAGGAGCAGAACUACACCCAAUUCGACAUAACGAUUGGAGAAGUCAAUGUUACGUUGUCGUUCAGCAAGUGGUGGAACUCCAAGGGGCCGCUGCAAAACGUAGAGGUUAAGCACGUCCGAGGCGUUGUGGACCGCACCCAUGUCUUCUGGACCGGCGAAGAGGCGGACCCGAAAUCUUACCGGCACGAACACAAGCCAGGAGAUUUCGAGAUCGACUCGUUCAAGAUCGAGGAUCUCCUGGUCACGGUGUAUCAACCUGAAGGAUUUCGGCCUUUUGCCGUCAGCAUCUACAAUGCAGAACUCCCUCGGUUACGAAAACAAUGGCUCUUCUACGACUUUCUCUGCGCCAACAACAUGACUGGCGAAUUCGACCGGUCUCUCUUCACCAUCCACCCCCGCCAGACGCACGCCUACACCGGCGCACAUCUCAACGACCAGGACUCCGAUGAACCCUGGAAGAAGCAAUCACGAAUUCGCAUCGAUGGGCUGAACAUUGACCAUUUGAAUCGCGGUGCGUCGGGUCCCUUGUCCUGGAUCCACGAAGGCAAUGUCGACAUCGUGGCCGACAUCAUGAUCCCCAACGACAGUGACGAGUCUGUCAUCAAAGUCAUGACUGAUUUUUAUGAGCGCAUGGAAGCUGCUCUGACGUCGAGAAAGCACCUGGAACAGCCGCGCGAGGAAAACGGAGACGGACUCGAGGACGGUUCUUCAUUAUCUCCGGUUAUCGACGUCUCGGCACCUGCUGCCUUGGCCAGGUCUGCCGGCGACAGAUACGAAGACAAGCAAUACCUGGUCAUGGAUUUGCGGAUCCACCUGAACGACGUGCGCGCCGUGGUGCCCCUGUUCACCCGCGAUUUGUCGUAUAUCAAUAACGCGCUGAUCCGUCCUAUCGUCGCAUACAUAAACUCCCGCCGCACUUUCAUCCCCAUCAACUGUCGCGUGGUCAAGCGUCUGUCCGACUUUGACGGCAGCUGGACCCUCUACGACUCGGGCCUCAUGGACGAUCUUUCCGCCGAGGUUUAUGACGCAUUUGCCCGCGAUGUUCAAGACGAACAGGCCCGAUUGAGACGCUUCAAGAAGGUCGGCUUGUGGAGCUUGCAACUUGCCGUGCAGGCGAUUUUCCUGGUAGGUUGA